GUUUACAUCACUCGGCGUUUACGCAAGAAAGCCGCAGAGGCCAAACCGGUAUAGUGUUGCAUGAGUUGUUGGUUGUGACUGGGUCUGCUGCUCUCGCCAUGGCUUUUGAUUUGAAGAAGGAAGAAGAUGUUAAGGAAUUCUUGGAUAAUCUGGGAAUCGAGUACAGAUUUGGGUGUUUCAGUGAGAAGAGAGCUGACAGUUGCCACUUACUGGGAGACUAUCUAGAAGGCGUCAAGAAAGACUUUGAAAAGGCAGCCAAAGUAUUCAGAACAAACUGCGAUGAUUCAUCAUAUGCAAAGAGCUGUUACAAAUUUGCAAACUACUGUUUCCUGGGUAAAGGAGGCAAACAGAACAUGGAUGAGGCCUAUUCCUACUACUUGAAGGGGUGCUCAGCUGGCGACCCUGACUCCUGCUUGAAUGGAGGACUUAUGUGUGUUUCAAAUACACCCACAGCUCAGCAGAGGCCAAAGGAUUAUGAUAAGGGUUUAGAACUCUUGGACAAAGCAUGCACCGGUAACAAUGCAUUCUCCUGCUACUAUAUUUCGGGUAUUUUCAUCCAGGGAGUGAAGGACGCCAUUGCCAAAGAUAUGACAAAAGCUUUUGAUUACUCCAACAAAGCGUGUGAUUUGGGAAACAUGUAUGCUUGUGCUAAUGUGUCUCAGAUGUACCGGAAAGGAGAUGGAGUAGACAAGAAUGAGGAAAAGAGCGAGGAGUUCAAGAAGAAAGCACUUGACCUUCAAGACCAGUACAAGGAACAGAUGCAGAUUCAAUUCCAGCAAGGAACUAAACCAGUUUAAAGUUAUAUCUGUUAUUUAUUUAAUUUUCAAAAAUAGUGUUUUAUCACUUGUCUUUAUAUCGAUUUGUGAUAGUCGGGAUAUAGCUAAUAUUUAGUUUUAUAUAUGUACAGUGCAUGUAGAAAUUUUGUAAAUUAUCUGUACAAAGAACUUUUUUUUCCUUUUUUGUCAAGAUAUAAAGUGUUUUUAUCAUAUUUAUAAUUAGAAAUGUUGUUGAGCAUUACAAAAAUGAUCACAUAUGAUAUACAUUAUUCAUUUCUCAUACUUUUAGUAUGGGGUUUGGAUAAAUAGAUUAUACAUAAAUGUGGACACUAGAAAUCUUGUAAAUGUGGCAUUUGCCCUUGUUAAUAAAUUAUGAAAAAAAAUGUAAA